UGGCUUCGUCUCCAGAAGAAGUACAGAGAAAUUAAAAACCUGAAUCGUCGGUCUGACCAAAUUAACAGAGGAACCCUCUUCUCCGCCAUGAAAGAAGAUUACGAGGUUGAUGAGAAGAAGCAAGCUGCAGCUGAUGUAUUGUUUAGUUAUUCCAAGUUUGCUAUGGCCUGCAUCGGGAACCAGACUCGUCCUACUGACAUGAGGUUGCACUUGAUGAAGGAGAUCUCCGGAUUGCCUACUUCUCUGAAAAAAAGAGAAUCUUCUAGAGCAGCUACUUCUCCUGAUCCAGUUGGCGAAUCAUCUAGCUCUGGUACUGCCAGGCUUGAUAAAACGGAUAGUUUCAGGGCACUUUGAUUUUAGUUUUUUGUUUUAAUUGUUGGGGUCUCAUAUUGUAAGAUAGAUGCUAGUGGAUUACAGGCUUUAUGCAUCUGUCGCCGAGGAACCUUACUUAUCAAGUUUUAACUUUUGAUGUUGCCUAUGAUAGUGUGAAUGCUGUAUUCUCGGAUGUGUGGUUCUGAAAGAUAAAUGCUAUUAUACUACUUUGAAUUUAUAUUCUGUUUAUA